AUGAUUGUCUCUUGGUGCUCUGCUAUUGCAGAAGGACCUAUAGCAAAGCUGGAGGAGGAUAUCAGAACGGUCAGACGCAGUUUGGAGUUUCUCGGCCCUCGGGUGAAGGACUUUGAGAUGUCUCGGUCUUCAGAGGAGACACGUGAUCCUGACUCUGGAAACGAAGCUGCAGGCACGCUAGGCACCACAAACUCAGCUGGCCCAACAGCAGGCACCGCAGUCGCUGGCCCAACUGACCCAGCGGGUGCAGGCUCUGAAAGCUCUGCAAGCCCAGUUGGCCCAGAUUCAGCAGGCCAAACAGAAGGCACCGUAGAUUCAACAGGCCCAACAGCAGGCACCGCAGACGCUGGCCCAACUGACCCAGAGGGUGCAGGCUCUGCAAGCUAUACAAGCCCAGUUGGCCCAGAUUCAGCAGGCCCAACAGGCUCCGCAGGCACAGCAGCAGCAGCAGCCACUGCCUCCUCAUGGCUGAGAGGCCACCAACAUCUUUCAACGCGAGGAAAGGCCACAUGUGGUUGA